AUGGCAUCAUCCCCAUUGUCCCCCGACAAUCAUCCGUCUGCAGCGGACGACGAUGACGACUUCCGCGAUCGACAACCUCGAGAUCGCUCUCUCCGGUCUUACAUUCUAUCACUCCUCCCUCGUUCGAUUUUCCCGAUUGACGAUCUACAUAGGCCCCACCCGCACAACUCCAAGAUCUCGCUUUUUAUACUCGUUGCAAUUGUUCUCGCGGCCAUGAUUUCGAUUUCUUCUAUCCUCAAUAGAUUUAAUGCUCCAUAUUUGUGCCAAAAAGAUGGCAUAACUCUUAUCUGUCCUUAUGCAAAAGAGUCUACAUCUCUAUGGGAGAACCCUUAUUCAGCCACUACAUCGUGGAAGCCUUGUUCUGCACGGCGUGAGGGCAUAAUUUCAAAUCUUCCAUCAGAGAAUGAAACGAAUGGCUAUAUUUUCAUACAUGCUGAGGGUGGUUUAAACCAGCAAAGAAUUGCCAUAUGUAAUGCUGUUGCUGUGGCCAAAAUUAUGAAUGCUACUCUCAUCUUGCCUGUGUUGAAGCAGGACCAGAUUUGGAAGGACCAAACGAAAUUUGAAGACAUAUUUGAUGUAGAUCAUUUUAUUGAUUACUUGAAAGAUGAUGUGCAAAUUGUUCGGGAGAUCCCAGAAUGGUUUACUGACAAAUCAGAGCUGUUCACUAGCAUCAGACGGACAGUCAAGAACAUUCCAAAAUAUGCUCCUGCACAAUUCUACAUUGACAAUGUUUUGCCUAGAGUCAAGGAGAAGAAGAUAAUGUCCUUGAAACCUUUUGUUGAUAGACUGGGGUACGAUAACGUUUCUCCUGAAAUCAACAAGCUAAGGUGUAGGGUAAACUAUCAUGCUCUUAAGUUUCUUCCUGAGAUUGAGCAGAUGGCUGAUUCUCUAGUAUCAAGGAUGAGAAACCGAACUGGCAGUUUAAAUCCUUUCAUGGCUCUUCAUCUAAGGUUUGAGAAAGGUAUGGUGGGCCUAUCAUUUUGUGAUUUUGUGGGAACAAGGACGGAGAAAGCUCUAAUGGCUUUAUACAGACAAAAAGAAUGGCCUCGGCGGUUCAAGGAUGGUUCCCAUCUUUGGGCUCUAGCUCUGCAGAAGCGGAAGGAAGGGCGGUGCCCACUCGAGCCUGGUGAAGUGGCCGUGAUGCUUCGAGCUAUGGGCUAUCCUAAAGAAACUCCUAUAUAUGUUGCUUCUGGGCAGGUUUAUGGUGGACAGAACCGCAUGGCACCACUCCGGAAUAUGUUCCCCAAUCUUGUUACAAAGGAAGAACUGGCAACCAAGUUAGAGUUGGAUGGAUUCAGGAAGCACGUGACGAGCUUGGCAGCUCUAGACUUCUUGGUACAUGGGUCAUCACCUUAA